GCAGCAGCAGCAGCAGCAGCAGAGGAGAGAUGAUCGCGGAGUUGGUGAGCAGCGCCCUGGGGCUCGGCCUCUAUCUCAACACCCUCGGCGCGGAUUUCUGCUACGAUGACAGCCGAGCUAUCAAGACAAACCAGGAUCUUCUUCCCGAAACGCCAUGGACUCAGAUAUUCUACAAUGACUUCUGGGGCACUCUCCUUACUCACAGUGGGAGUCACAAGUCGUAUCGACCUCUCUGUACGCUCUCUUUUCGAAUAAACCAUGCUAUUGGAGGAAUGGAUCCUUGGAGCUACCACCUUGUCAAUGUCCUCUUACAUGCUGCAGUCACAGGUCUUUUCACAAACUUUUCCCGAAUAUUGUUUGGCGAUGGAUAUUGGACCUUACUGGCUGGCUUGCUGUUUGCUUCGCAUCCCAUCCAUACUGAAGCGGUUGCAGGAAUUGUAGGAAGGGCUGAUAUUGGAGCUUGCCUUUUCUUUCUGCUUUCCCUAGUCUGUUAUACUAAACACUGCUGCACAAGGAACUACUCAGAAGGAACCUGGGGCUGGAUCUUGGGUGCAGGGCUAUGCGCCACUUGCAGCAUGUUGUGGAAGGAGCAAGGAGUGACUGUUCUAGCAGUUUCAGCCGUUUACGACGUCUUUGUAUUUCAUAGGCUAAAAAUGCACCAAAUCAUUCCUGCUGUCUAUAAGCGGAAGAAUUUACCCCUUCUUUUGAGCAUUGGUUUAUUGAUCUUCUGGGGAGCUUUGCUACUAGGUCUUCGCUUUUAUUGGAUGGGGAACAAACCUCCCAGCUUUUCCAACUCUGACAACCCAGCAGCUGACUCGGAGAGUUUUCUAACACGAACCUUGACCUUUUUUUAUCUGCCAACCAAAAAUCUUUGGCUAUUGCUGUGCCCGGACACUCUUAGCUUUGAUUGGUCCAUGGAUGCUGUGCCUCUUCUCAAAACAGUCAGUGACUGGAGGAACCUACACACAGUGGCCUUUUACGCUGGACUUCUCCUCCUUGCUUACACCGGUUUGAAAAGCUCCAGCAAAGAGAGAGAAUGCAAUGGGAAAAACGUAACAAAUGGCAAGCAGAACACCAAUGGCCAUAACUGCCUAUCAGAAAUGGAGUAUAAAAGCUUGGAGUUGAAGCCCAGCUUUGUAUCUAAAGAAGAAAACGGCAUUAACAAACACUUGCCGCAGAGACCGCAACUCCCCUCAACUGAGAAUAUUGUAGUUCUGUCUCUGUCCUUAUUAAUUGUGCCCUUUAUUCCGGCCACAAACUUUUUUUUCUAUGUAGGCUUUGUGAUAGCAGAGCGUGUCUUGUAUAUACCUAGUAUGGGCUUCUGCCUGCUGAUCACUGUGGGCACCAGGGCCCUCUACAUCAAAGCCCAAAAGCGUUUUCUGAAGAACUUGUUUUUUUUUGCCACUGCUGCAUUAAUAUUUUUCUAUGGACUCAAGACUUUUGUCAGGAAUGGGGACUGGCAGAAUGAAGAGAUGCUGUAUAAGUCAGGGAUAAAAGUAAAUCCAGCUAAAGCAUGGGGUAACCUUGGAAAUGUUCUGAAGAGUCAGAGCAAGAUUUCUGAAGCUGAAAGCGCCUAUAGAAAUGCCUUGUACUACCGCAGCAACAUGGCUGAUAUGCUUUAUAAUUUAGGGCUGUUGCUACAGGAGAACAGCAGGCUUUCAGAAGCACUACAUUACUAUAAAUUGGCCAUUGGAAGCAGACCUACUUUAGCCUCUGCCUAUUUAAAUACUGGUAUCAUCUUAAUGAACCAAGGCAAGGCUGACGAAGCCAGGAAGACAUUCCUGAAAUGUUCAGAAAUUCCUGAUGAAAAUUUGAAAGAUCCACAUGCUCACAAGAGCUCGGUUACUAGCUGCCUUUAUAAUUUGGGGAAACUCUACCAUGAACAAGGACAGUAUGAGGAUGCCCUUACAGUUUACAAAGAAGCAAUACAGAAAAUGCCAAGGCAGUUUGCACCACAAAGUUUAUAUAACAUGAUGGGGGAAGCCUACAUGAGACUCAGCAGAUUACCUGAAGCAGAACACUGGUAUGUGGAAUCACUGCGGGCCAAAACAGACCACAUCCCAGCCAUCUCUCACCUAACAUGGCUGAUGUUACACUGUUUGACAGGAAAGAAGAGUGAAGCAGAAAAGUAUUUCUUAAAGGCAAUUCAGCUAGAUCCCACCAAGGGAAACUGUUAUAUGCAUUAUGGCCAGUUUCUCUUAGAAGAUUCUCGCCUAAUAGAAGCAGCAGAGAUGGCAAAGAAAGCAGCUGAAUUGGAUAACACAGAGUUUGAUGUUGUCUUCAAUGCAGCUCACAUGCUCAGACAAGCUAGCCUCAAUGAAGCAGCUGAGAAGUAUUAUAAAAUGGCAGCUGAGCUGAGACCUCACUAUCCAGCUGCCCUAAUGAAUCUGGGGGCAAUUCUUCAUCUCAACGGCAAACUUCUGGAGGCAGAAUCAAACUAUCUCCAUGCCCUUCAGUUUAAACCAGAUGAUGUCAUCACACAGUCAAAUCUACGCAAACUCUGGAAUAUUAUGGAAAAACAAGGCUUAAGAACAUCUAAAACAUGACCUGAUGUGCAUUGGAAGGGGGGAAACUCGGAACCUUUCUUUGCAAAGAGUGAGAGAAGUCUAAUCCAGAACAACUUCCAGGGUGCUAUUUUGUUGAGUGCUCUUGUUGGACCGCACUGCAAGUGUCGAAGGUUGUAAUUGCUGCUAGGAGAACCUACAGGGCUGCUUCUUGGUGUGACAUUUUGAUAAUGAGAGAAAGGUGGAAACUCUCUCAGGAGUUUCAUGAAGGACUUGAUAGUUACUCCCACAAGCAUAAAAAUGAAUUAGAUUUGAAACUGGAGCACUUGAAAGGGGGGCCCUUUCGAGCAUAUUUGCCAGGCCAUCGUAGUCGUUUUCACAUUGCUCAUUUUCAUGUGGUUUCUGGUAGAAAAAUCAUGCUGGCCUAUAUAACAUCCAUCCAGUCAACAUGGGAUUUUAGUAAAGGAUAUAGACUGGCUUAAGUUAUUUUCUGAGGCUGUAAUUCAUUAAAAUGUAUACUAAAACCCAA